UUCGUUUUUUGUCACAGUGUCACUACAACUCAAACAACUAUAGGAAUGUACAUGACUGGGAAAUACUAUGAUUAUUAUUAUUCUUAUUACGUUUAUCGUCGACGAUGGAAUGUAUACAAUUGUGCUGGAAGAUGCUAUUGUUCUACCACUUAUGUGACUUGUUCCAAUACAACUUGUGAAGACGGUGAGGUUAGAUGUCCUCCAGGUCGCAAUGAAACUAAUUCCACAAAUGUAUGCAUUCGUAAAGACAGUAUGUGUGAUGGAGCAAUUGACUGUGAAGAUGGCACCGAUGAAAAGAAUUGUGCUUCAUGUGCAAUUGGACAUUGGCAAUGCAAAAAUCUGAAAUGCAUCAAACAAGGACUUCGCUGUGAUGGUAAAGAAGACUGUGACGAUGGUUCUGAUGAAUUCUAUUGCUUUACAUACAUAAACAACACAAUUCUAGUGUAUCACAAUGGUUCAUAUGAAAAUGUUUGUGAAAACAACUUGAACAGUGAAAAAAUUGCAAAUCAUUUGUGUUCCACAGUUGGAAGAAGUAAUGGAACAUUUGGUAAUUCAAUUGACGGAUAUGGUGUACAAUUCACACAAAACCCCACAGGCAGCAAAAUGGGACUGAUACCAGGAUUCAAAGCAAAUUCCUUUGAGAAGUGCAAAUACAUGGUAUUGGAAUGCAGUAAAGAAGUUUGUGGUACUCGAAAACGAGAUUUGUUUGAACCUAACGUUCAGAAUGGACAUAAUGCUUUAGAUGGUGAAUAUCCAUGGGUUGUGGUGUUACUCAGAGGAUCCAGUUUUGUUUGCACUGCCUCAUUGAUCAGCAAAAAAUAUGUGCUUACUGCAGCUCACUGUGUAGAUGGCAACAGCUAUAACUCAUAUUAUGUUAGAGUUGGAUCCAUAAACAAGGGUAAAGGAACACUUUAUAAAGUGACUCAAGUAUUGGUACACCAGGACUAUGAGAGCUACAGAUAUGGUUAUGACAUAGCACUUCUUUAUGUGAAAAGCGGAAUUACAUUGACAGAUGAUGUGCAACCAAUUUGUCUUCCAGAAAACCCUGCUCCCUUAGAAAGAGACUACUAUAUUACUGGUUGGGGUCAAAAUGAAAAUCGUGAAAGAGUAUCAAUUUUACAAGAAGCCAAAACUGAGAUGUUAGAAUAUCAUUCAUGCAAAAAGCAUUACAAUUUUAUCACAGAGGCUGUAUUAUGUAGCAAUAACAAAGAAUUCUAUCAACCAUCCUGUUAUGGUGACAGUGGAGGUCCAUUACAAACACUCAAUGACCAUGGUUUUUGGGUAAUACAUGGUGUUACCAGCUUUGGUAUGAUAGGCUGUAAAGGAGAUAUAGCAAAGCCAGGGGCAUUUUCUUCUGUUUAUCACGGAUUAGAAUGGAUUAAGAAAUAUGUUUAAACUUCAUACAAAAUAUUUCUUACAACAUUCAAAAUUAUUCUGUACUUAAACUAAACUGAUUUCAUUAACUGCUUAAUCCUGUAAUAAUUGUCAAAGCUCACCCGAUGACUUAAAUUUGUAUCUCGUUCAAUGCUUGCUUCCUUUUAAUUCUAUAAGUUUUCUUUAUUCAUUUCUAUUCUAAGUUUAAAUAUACAAGUGUAUUCUUUUAAUACCUUUAAUUUAAUCAUAAAUUUAUUAAGUUUUAAAUUAAAAGACUGAUUUUCACAAAAAUACUUUCAAACAAAUGUAUUCCAUUAGCUGAAAUAAUCAUAAUGAACAUUAACUUUAAAAUAAAUUAAUGUAAUUUUGAAUUUAGAAACCAUGCUAUCAUGAGACCACACAUGUAUGCACGCACGUGUACGCUCCCUACACACACACGUACACGCACACAUAUGCCCGCAUGCAUACACAUGCACACACACAUGCCUGCACACACAUAUGCAUGCACGCACACACACAUGCACACAUGCACGCACGCACACACACACAAACACACAUACACAUCUUUCCAGAAGCUGCAAUCACUUAUAAAUUUUUAUAGAAAGUUACAGAAGUGAUUUUAAAUUCUCAAUCGCAUGAUAAUGCUAAUAAUAUAGUCUGAACAGGAUAAACUAACCCUUAUUUUGCAGAAAAAAAGUGUAGGUGGUUAGCUGUGGACUCGAACUCACAUCCCCAUGAUUAAGCUAAAACAGUGUCCAUAAGCAAAACCAGUUAAAUAUCUAACACUGUAAUUAUUUGCUGGUAGCCAUGUUUUUUUUUUUGCUUUUGCUCUGCUUUUUGUUUUUUAAGAGGUUUUUUUUUAUCUCUUGUCAACUUCGGUUUUAACUUUUAUUUUACAUAAACUUUUUUAGAAUUAAUCAAUUCACUUGUUAUAUGAUACUUUACAUAAUUCCUAACAUUAAAAUUUUUGCGAAUUAUUUUUAAUUAUAAAUGAUUUAAAAUCUUAUAAUAAACAUUUGUAAUGAUUCAAGAUCUUUAAUAAAACUUAAUCAGUGUGA